CCAAUGAUCCAUUCAACUUGCUGCAGAGUUCUCCAAUAUCAAUAAAUAUAGGUUUUACUUACUAUACGGCAAUUAUAUCGUUUAUAAAACGGACAGUACCAACGGAAUUAUAUUACAUGGCAGCUACAUAUUGAGAAUUUAUUUAAAAAAAGAAAAGAUGGAUGUAGUUCUUAAAAAUGGAACGAGUUAUAAACCAUGGAAUACAAGUGUUGACCAACAUAGCGACUGUACCAAAAAUGCUACGGAAACUAAUAUAAAUCUAGUAUGCUUAUGCAGAAAUUCAAGUUUGAAGAAUUUCUUUGAAUGUGUCAUUCCAGACGCCGAAGAAUGGGUACUGAUUGCAGCUUACGUUUUAACGUUUGUAGUUGGUGUUUUGGGGAAUAUUCUCGUCUUUUUUGUAGUUAGUAGAAACAAAGAGAUGAGAACAGUUACAAACGUAUUUUUGGUGAACUUGGCUGUGACCGACUUAACUGUGAUACUGAUAAUUAUGCCUUUGGCUCUGAUCGUUGACGUUACAGACACGUGGCUUUUUGGAGGAGCAAUGUGCAAAAUCAGCAUCGCUCUUGGGACAAUGUGUUUAACUGUCUCCAUCCUGACACUUUGUGCGAUCUCAUUAGAACGUUGGUACGCCAUAUGCGGGUCUCCCAAUUUCAAUAUCAACAUCCAGAAGGCCCAGAUCAUUAUUGCCGCCAUUUGGGCAAUCUCCAUAUGCGUGGCAUUGCCCGAGUUCCUGGCCUUCACUGUGGUACCUUAUCACACCGAUUCGAUCUUCAGGACAAUGUGUUAUCCAGCCCUAUGGGAGAGGAAAACGAUGAUGAUAUUCCAGAUCUUCUUGAUGGCGUCACUUUAUUUUCUGCCGAUUGUACUCAUCGCCACCGUGUACACAUACAUGUAUGUCGUGCUCUGGAGGACACGUAUCCCGGAUACAGGAAAUGUUCACAUAUGUCCAUUAAACGAAUCAAGGCAACCUAAUACGGAGUUUGGCAAUAGGUUGUCGAGACGAAGAAAGACAGUAAAGAUGCUAAUGAUGAUUGUUGUGGUGUUUGCGCUGUGUUUCCUGCCUAACCACACACUCAACAUUUUAAGAUACAUGGAACAGCUGCAGAAGCUUCCUCACCUGAGAAGCAUCGCUCUUAUCUCUCAUUGGUGCUCAUUCUUCAACAGUUGCGUUAACCCAAUUAUCUACAACUUCAUGAGCGACAAUUUCCGGAAGGAGUUCCGUGUGGUGCUCUCUCUGUAUUGCCACUGUGGGAAAACUACAACUCGGGAAACCAGGAUUCUUAACCAAAUAACUUGUUCCGAGACGAGGCAGUUACCUUUGAUGAAUAGGAACACUGACGAGAUCAUCAGUUUGAUUUACCCGGACGAACCAGAGUUGGAGGGAGACGGAAGUGCGGGCAUGUAUCAACAGAAAGGAAUGCCGUUAUGAGAGGAAUAUAAUGUGUGAGAUGGCAAAGGAUAUUAUGCAAUCAUCAAAAGAUGUUGCCCACUAACAGAAUAGUACGUCACGGCAGAUAAUUUAUUUCACUGGUGUAAGUCGGCUAAUGGUACAAUUAUAUAGUAACCAUUUAUCAUAUAUAUUGUUUAACAUGGAAACAUAUCCAUUCAAUAGUUGUUGUUCUUUUGUUUUUUCUUAUAACAAAUAUAAUACACGAAUAAGUCGAGUCAUACACUUGUUUUUGUUAAAAAUUAUUUAUUUCACAUACUCGUAAAACCAAUAGCUUUCUAAGUAAAAUUCGGAGGAAUAGUUAUUGACCCUAUAACUGACAAUGUUUAGAAACAGGAUAAACACCUGUUAAAUUGCUAAAAACAACCGGUCAUUCCAAUUUGAAAACAAUAACUUCGAUUUUGUAUUUUACAAAUGCAGGACGUGAACCUGUUAGCGUAGUUAUUUAUGUUAUAAUUAAAUGAUAACAUAUGUAGUAUGUGAUAUAUAAUGUGCCAUUUUCUUAUAUGUACUCGAUUGCAAAUUAUGAAUAUGCCUAUUCUAUCCUCAAAGAAAAGUCAUGAUUUUAAUAAAAACGAUAUAUUGUUCAAU